AUGGAAGCACUCCUAUCUCUAGAUUUGUCUUCAAAUCAAUUGACAGGGGCUAUUCCACACCAAUUAACUAAAUUGACAUUUCUAAAGGUGUUGAACCUCUCGGGAAAUAAUCUUACUGGGGAAAUCCCGCAAAAAGGGCAAUUCAGCACUUUUGGAAAUGAGUCAUACUUGGGGAACCCGGCCUUGUGUGGACUUCCUUUGACGGAAAAAUGCAUGCAUGCAGUGUCACCAACUCAAGAAGUCGGAAAUGGUGAUACUGAUGAAGAUGACGAUGCUGAUGAUGAACUUAAUUGGGAAGCCAUCCUGAUGGGAUAUGGAUGUGGAUUGAUAUGCGGAUUGUCUUUGGGGUACAUUGUUUUCAAGAUAGGAAAGCCUUGGUGGUUUGUGAAAUACAUUAAAAUACUACAACUGAAAUUGAUGAAAACAUGCACAAAGCAUAGCAGACGAAAGACUUGA